CUGUUUUGGUUCGGAGGCUAACGUUAGCUCGGAGGCUAACUCACCUGUGCUCGUGUCUUUAAACUCCGCAGGUGAGGUUACCGUCAUGUCCUGCGCGCGAGCUGCCGUCUGACGAGUGUGUCUGACGUCCGCGCGACGAUUUCCAGGAUUCAGCGAGUUAACGACGUUUUAAUGACGCCGAAGGAGGCGCCGAUGGGAGGAGGCCGCACCGAGCAGGAGGCGCCGGAGGACGCGCUGAGCAGGCGGGUGUCCUGCGCCGGAGAGCGGGCCACGGUGCGGUAUGUGGGCCCGGUACCACCGACGGCAGGGCUGUGGCUCGGCGUGGAGUGGGAUAACCCUGAGAGAGGAAAACACGACGGCAGCCACGAGGGAGUCCAGUAUUUCACCUGCAGACACCCUACAGGAGGCUCCUUUGUGCGUCCGGCGAAGGUGAGCUUCGGGGUGGACUUCCUGACCGCCGUGCAGCAGAAAUACGAGAUCGACUCCGAGGAGGUGCUGAGCGAGGAGAUCUCCAUCUCCUCCACGAAGCUGGAGUGGGGGCGGAUCAGGGAGCGCAGUUUUGAGAGUCUCCCAUCAGUUCUGCUGAAUCGCAGCGACGUGAACGGACCCGGCGCCGACGGCGAAAUCCGGAAAACAACGCCGAGUAUCGUUUUUCAAAAAUAACUUCCUGCUGUGAGUUUAUGCUUCAGAAGUGAUAUUGAUCAUAAUUGUCAUGACCAGGCGUGAAUUCUGCCGCCGUGGUUUUGUCUUUAUUUGUAUCGGACGUUUGGCGUGUGAAGGGGAGAGACGG